UUAUACAUAAGUGUACUUGAUAUUAUGAUGGACGUUCGAGAUGAAAAUAACUAUGUUUUCAACAUUCGGUUGGCUAAACGUAUAGGUUUAUAUCAAAUGUUGGAUCCUGAAACUAUAAAAUAUCACGGAAAAAACGUCUACCAUAUUGUCGCUGCAUCAAUCGCACUGUAUUUGUUUGUCUUUUCGAUCAUUUUGAACGUUAGUGGUGUGUACUAUUGGACGAACAACAUGCCUAUAAGUGUUGACUAUUUUUGGAAAGCUGAAACUUCGAUGUUCGUAAUUUACAAGAUAUGGAUUUUAAUCCACCACUCGAAAGAUUUAUGGAACUGUUUAUCUGUUACAUGGUAUGGUUAUACAACAUUCAACAUUCGGAAUAAACGUGUACUGGACCGUUGGCGAGAACGUACGGUGUGGUUCACGAAUGUGUUAACCUUAAUAUAUUGGUCAUCGGUGGUCAUUUACACUAUCAGUACCCUAGUAUUUCGUGAAGAUAUAAUUUCCAUGAAAAAUUACGAUGGUUCGAUCGGCAAUUACCGACAGAACGUUAUGAAUUUAUAUUUAAUCGUAUCUGACGAAACGUACAACAGAUACUAUUAUACGUUUUACCUGGUCGAAUCUGUGUUUCUAAUAUUUCUGGUAAUAUUAUUCCCGAUAUUCGAUAUUCUUCUGAUUACUCUGUGCUUUGCGAUUUGCGGUCAAAUGCAAAUGAUUUUCUCUGCGUUCAAAUCAGUUGGUUAUGAAUCAAUUUGUGAUCCUGUAGGUUUAUCAAUUGACGAAAAAAAAAAGACAUCUGAUGAACACGAUUUAAUAUAUGAUGAAUUAAAAACAAAUAUAUUUGAUCAUCAAGCAGUUAUGAAGAAAUAUGAAGACUUUUUAGCUCUAUUUGGAAAAGCAAUGUUGUUACAAAUUUUUUUUUCGUCAUUUUCUCUCAUAGUAGUUUGGUCUAUUUUCAUAAUGAGUUUUGACAAUAAUGACAGAUUUGAGGCUUCGGAUAUUGUGUUAAAAAAAAUGAUGUGCUCACUUCCAGCAUUAAUGUUUCAAAUAUUUAUGGUGUGCUAUUUAUUUGAUAAAUUACACAAGCAAAAAGAUUCAGUAAUAUUUGCGUUGUACAGCAGUAAUUGGACCAAAAUGGAUAUGAAGUGUAAAAAAUUGAUAUUGUUGACAAUGCGGAUGAAUAAUGCCAACUAUAAGAAGUUAAAAUUCACAAGAACAAAAGUUGUGAACUUGGAAAUGUUUUUUAAAACAAUGGGUGAUUGUUAUACAAUUUUAUCAGUCUUAGUAAAUUAU